CCAUCUCGAAGGAUUCGAGAGAGUGACAUCAAUUCUUGGCUCCGCUCGUGGCGUACAACAGCUCGCUUGUAGCUUACAACUUCUUCCUCAGCAAGCUCGAUCUUUAGCGACCACGAGCCUACACCGGAAACACUUGAAGAGCAUCACAAACUCUGCGACAACUUUUUGGCGACAAAAUUCUCAUCAUGCAUCAUGUUCUACGAGCAGGACUUUCAUGCCUCGCAAUAUAUCUUCUAUACAGCAUUGCCGCGAGCAUUCAGCUGUACUUCCAGCGAAGAGCUUUCAAACGUGCUCAUGGGUGCGAGUCUCCGCCGCACUAUCCGCUUCGAGAUCCAUUCGGCUUCGGUUUCAUCACAAAAGUCAUCCCCGCUGCAAAACGGCAGGAACUACUUCCUUACUUUGACUCUUUGCACCAGCGAUUCGGCAAGACUUUCUCCUAUCAGCCUUGGUUCGGUAGAGGCGUAAUUUUCAGCGUCGAGCCUGAGAAUGUAAAGUACAUGUCGACGACGAAUUUCGAGGACUGGGGAUCUAGGGAUGCAAGGCAAGAAGGCGUCGGUGAGCUUUUGGGAGAUGGGAUUUUCACUACUGAUGGCGCGUUUUGGGCCCACUCAAGGGCUCUCAUCCGACCGCAGUUCGAUAGAGCUCAAGUCUCGGAGCAAGUUGAGCCAUUCGAAUCCACGACCGUGAAGUUGAUCCGCAAGAUCCCAGCAGGAGGCCAGACUGUGGACCUGCAAAAGCUCUUUCACAAGUUCACCAUGGACACGUCGGCCAAGUUUCUGACAGGAACCAGCACGAACUCUCUUGACGAUGAGCAAGCAGAGGAGGCACAGAAAUUUAUGGAUGCGUUCGACUAUGCUAUGGAGGAUGCAGUCUGGCGCGUUCGACUCGGCAAAUUAUACUGGUUCCGCCCGGAUAGGAAGGCGCCCGCCGCGAUCAAGUACGUUCGGGACUACGUACGACAAUGGGUUGACAGAGCUGUAGCAUAUAGGGACUCGCUCGCUGCUGCAGACAAAGAUCAGGACUCAGACGAUACCGGCUACAUAUUCAUCAACGAGCUUGCCAAACAAAAAGAAGUAGAUGCCACAAGAAUCCACAAUGAGACACUGAAUGUGCUGCUCGCAGGUAGAGACACAACAGCUGGUGUUCUUUCGCACAUGUGGUACAUCUUGGCUCGCAGGCCCGAUGUCUGGGAAAAGCUUCGUGACGAAGUGGACGCAUUGCAAGGAGAGCCGCCUACGUAUGUCAAGCUCAAGGAGAUGAGAUACAUGAGAAACUGUAUCAAAGAAACCCUGCGCCUAUAUCCAUCGUUGCCGAUCAUAGGUAAAAGAUCCGUUAAGGAUACUAUACUUCCUCGUGGAGGCGGCCUCCAGGGAGAUAAGCCAAUCUUUGUGCCCAAGGGCACCAACUUCACGCCCAGUCUGUGGUCUUUGCACCGGGACAAAGAUGUCUACGGAGCUGAUGCGGAAGAUUUUCGUCCAGAACGAUGGAACGAAUCAUUGCGACCGUACUGGUCCUACCUGCCUUUCGGAGGCGGGCCCAGGGUCUGCUUAGGUCAGCAAUAUGCUCAGAGCCAGGCGAUGUAUGUCACCACCAGGCUCAUGCAACACUUUGACCGCAUCGAGCCCAGAGAUUCCGAAGUGUUGCGACACAGAUUGUCACCGACGCUCUCUGUCAAUGGAGGCACCAGAGUUGCAUUCAUCGCAUAAGAUGUCAUAGUGAGCUUGCAAGAGCAGUGAUGCAACGUUCUCAAGCGAUGACCAAGCCGACCUUACCGAUGAAGAGCAUUUCGAGACGAGUCGAUUGCCAUGAGAGCCCAAUCUCACCUCAUGAAGAAAGGUGGAAACGACCGUCUUAGUAGUAUUGUACCGCAAUUGACCUCGGGAGAGCGAUUCGUACAACCACAUGCAUGUCGCUGCAAGCACACGGCCCGUGCUGUGCGAUUGACGGCAAGCUGAGUCGUAAAAUAGGGUCCUGGACUGGGAAGUUUAUGUGUGUGCCUGACUAUCCUCGUCAAGCACCCGCAGCCAAGCCGUUCAACCAAGAUUUUGACUUCACAUCUUCCUCGCGAUCCGGAUCGUUCGCGUUCGCGCCUGCGCAUCACGGCCUUCUGCCCAACAACAACGCGCUUAUAUAUGCACGACAUAUAUACCCUUGCACUGAC